ACUUCAAUGGGCAUCCGGUCUAUUUCAAGUAGAUGCCUCUUAUCUCAUCUGGAACCUCACCGGACAUCAAAUAAAGCAACGCCCUUCACACCUGGCAUAUAAAAACCACGAAAGCACAACCAUGCUCAAUCCAGUACCUGUGACUGUAACCGUGAGAAACAAGAAAACUCCUGAAACAGUGCGAAAGAUUAGAUCAAGAUGAAGUCCCUUCUCGUGUAUGGAUUCCUUGUCUUCUGCCGGGCUCUAACAAUGGCCAUGCCUCCUCCGCCAGACUUCGACCCGAACCCACAGCCCUUCGAUCCUUUGGGGGACGAGCCAUUUCCACUGGAAAUCGAGCCCGGAACCCUCCAAGCUGACAUUCUCACCCAGCAGGAGGUCUUCAGAGUCUCCCAGAGCAGCAUGUCAGAUGACGUCACUGUGCUGAUGGACGCUAGAAGGGGAAUUACAGUGUACAGGGACGACACCCAGCAGGUGUGUCUCCUCAGCAACCUGUACGAAAACCUAAUGCCGACCGAGUCUGCUGACGUCCGUGGCUGGAAAAUUAAGUUGCUGUUGGACGGAGAAGAGGAAGCCGACUUUCUGGACAGCCUGGACGAGAGCGAACGACAGCGCUAUGUCGUCAUGAACGUCCUGGGGAGCGUCAGCGAGGAGACGGCAGAGGCACUUGGGGACGAGAUCGGAGAGCUGUGCGGAGACUACCCCGGGCUGGAGAUCGCCCCUGCUUAUGGUAACACCCAGGGUCGGCAGAAGCGCGUGGUGCCCCUCCUGGUUCGCGCAGCUAUCGUUGUCGGCAGUGCAGUCCUCCUGAAGGGAGACACACGCCAAACAAGUGCACACCAAUGA